AUGCCUUUCCCAAUGAAAAUCCCACCAAUCGAUUUUCGCAUGAGUCGUGAAGACGCAACCAGGUUCGAGGCGGUCAAGCCGGUGGCUAAGUCUCGGCUCAAGCGUCCAUUCAUAAACGUAUUGAGAAGCUUCGCUGCGGUGGAAUUGGCAUCGAGGAGCCGUAUUUCAACAAGGACGGCUUCGACGACGGCAGUGGGUCGGGCGAGUUCGAGCUGA